AAUAUAUGGUGAAAUACAAAUUAUCAAAAUGAAAGGUCUGAAUUACGACAUCGUCCGUAGGAGUGACGCUGCACGAAGGUCCAGCAAAAGAGCUGAAGCAAGAUUAGCCCGAAAGUUUAACGAAGCUGGUGGAAUAGAAGACGAAAUGAGAUACCACCUCGCUAAUAUGAAACGAGAGCAAGCGUCUUUGAGAAGAGAACUGCAGGGACUAAAAUUCGAAUACAAGAAAAUUACCAAAGAAGCAAACUCCAAAAACGGAAUUAUCCACAAAGCACAUCCCGGUGAAGUCGAACACAACGAUGAAAAUGGGGAACGGGAAGAUAAAAGUAAAGAAAAUCCUAAAUCCGCUGGAGAUUACGGGAAAAAUUACUUCGGCUACCACAGCUCGCCAGGGUCGCACAAGUCACACAACAGAACAGUGCGGGAGAUUGAGAAAUCGUUGGAAUGUUACUUCGAAACGUCAAACAACGAAGCAGCCGAACAUGAGGCGAAAAAGAAAUUAAAACACCAGAAAAAACACAACAAGACGGUGCAGGAUAAAGUGGAAACAUGGAAAGAAAAGAACACGUCACGUCGAAGAUUUUCAACUACUGUACCACCGAACCUGCGACAUCUAGCUUUCCUUCGCAAAGAGCUUGUGAACAACGACACAAACAUAGAAGAAAAUGAACCCAAUUCGCCCAAUGUUACUACGCUGCCACCGUUGCCAAAACAAAGCGAUGAAAAAAAAUCCCCUCGGGUGACGUCACCGGCGCCAAAUGACGUCACGUCAUUGGAACGAGUUGUGGAAGUGGACGCAACCAAGCCAUGCGAGAAACGCACCAGUGUUGUAUCAUCGACCAACAAGACACAAAAAGCUUCGGAUUUGGUGUUUGACGCAGAUCUUUACGCUCCUUAUGGAAAACUUCGGAUGGCUCACCGACUCCCAGAUUUCACAAAAGCUUUCAAUGAAGCAAAACAAGCCCGUUACGUCAGAACUCGUCAUAAACGGGAAUUUGAAAGAAAAAUGUCAGUCGGGGAGAUUUUCAAAGACUGAAACCUUAAUACUAAGCCACUAUAGAACAAAAGCUUCCCCGCAAAGCAAUUCACAGCCAUUCAGUAAAUCCUUCCAAGAGAUUGGGAUCUAGAACUAUAUAACAGCUUUGUGAUGCCGCAGUAUCCUUUACGUUUAGUAUUAGUACUCAGUUUCGUGAAUAAACGACCAUUCAAGGUUAA